AUGGGCUUCUUUGACUUUGACGGCGGCAGCGUCAUCUCCGGGCGCUCGUCGCACUCGCGCCGCCACUCGUCGCACCCCAAGUCCUCGAAGCGUCGCGACCGGUCGCGCAGCCACUCCAGCUCGCGCAAGCACCAGGACAAGGGCUUCGCGGCCUCGCUGUUCGGCGGCGACAAUUACCAGAAGCACAGCAGCUCGCGGUCGAGCUUCUUCGGGCAGCCGAACGCCAGCCGCUCCUCCUUUUUCGGAUUCAGCCGCCCCUCGUACUACAAACGGUCGCCGCGCGGCGGCUUCCUCCACAAGGCCAAGAAGACGGUCAAGCGGCUCUGGCGCGACCUCAUGCGCCUGCUCAAGGAGAACCCGGGCAAGGUCGUCAUGCUGGUGCUGAUGCCGCUCCUCACGGGCGGCUUCCUGACGGCGCUGCUGGCCAAGUUCGGCCUGCGGCUGCCGCCGAGCGUCGAGCGCAUGAUUGGCAUGGGCGCGCGGGCCGCGGGCGGCGACAGCUUCGGCGCCGUCGGCGAGGCGGUGCGCAUGGCGAGCGGGUCGUUCGGCGGCGGCGGUGGCCAGGGCGCCAAGAUCAACAUCCAGCGCGGCAUGGGCAAUGGCAUGACGUGGGAGAAGAAGACGGUCGAGAAGGACUUGGGGUGGGGGGACACCAUUGGGGGCAUGGCCAAGAUGUUCAUCUAG